AUUUGAUUUAUGAGUGGAGCAGAGAGAUAGUAUAUUUCAUUACACUAUUAAAUAAAUUAAUAUUAUCAUUAGUUAGCAAUUUCACUACACUUAAAAAGACGUUUAACACCGCCAAAGAGUGUAAUAAAAGUUAAAAGUCAUGCAACUAUUCGUUAAAACAGAAAUAAAGGCUAUUGUGGCCGAAGGUGCGUUCGGUAAAAAUUGUAACUUAGUGUCGUUCAACAUGUAUAAUGAUAUUAUUGAAAAAAAAAAAUGGAAGUACAGAGCAAUAUUUGGGGACAUUGUCACAUCAGACGAAAGUCAUUACUCCGUUUUGAUCAAGUUUAAAAAUCGUGAAAGUUCUGGAUGUGAUGUACUAUUCCAAAAUGAAUUAAACUUUUAUGAAAAGAUCAUACCAUUCUUAUUGGAGUGUCGUGGACCGUUGGUAAACGAUGUAAAUGCUCUGUCUUUACCACGGUUUUUUUAUGGUCGGAACAACGGCGGUGAAUUAGCGGAAAAGGAUUUAAUUGUUUUCGAAAAUGUUAAUACCUUAGGCUACCGUUUUACCGAAGAGCAAAUGUUCAUGGACAACGAUCAUUUAAUCAUUGCUCUUCAGGCUAUUGCAAAGUUUCACGGGCUGUCGUACAUAGCCAAACACAAAAAUGCUAGCAGACUUCUUAACAUGGUGGCCGACAUCCAAGACCUGCAGUUCGACGGAAACGGCUACUGGAUGGCCCAAAACGACCGGUUGAAGAGGAUUGGCAAACGCGGCGUAGACCGACUUUUGGAGCGCGACGGGGAACGUUACCGUGACCACGAGCAGUUGCGCCGCUUGAACAAGCUGUUCGACGAUGCCACCAACACGCUGCGGAGGGCGAUGGGUGCCCACGAACCGCUGUCCGUCCUGUGCCACGGCGAAUAUUGCCACGGUAACGUCAUGUUCCAGUACGACGAUAGCGGGCGCCCGUUUGACGCGCUUAUCAUGGACUUCUUCGAAUCCCGUUACGGGUCACCCGCGCUAGACCUGUCGCUGUUCCUGUACACGACCACCACGCAGCAGGUGCGCGAGACGCACUGGAACGACCUGCUUGACGCGUACUGGGCCGCGCUGACCGCCGCCGUCCCGCCCGGCGUCCGGUUCCCGAAUCGCGCCGAACUGGACGCCGAGAUGGCCGCGUCCGCCAUCGUCGGGUUCUUGGGAGCGUCGUUCAUUUUACCGUACAAGCUGCGGGACAACAGCGACCAGUUGUUGGACUCGGUGGCGACCAGCGAUGACCCUGUCGACUACUUUCUGGUGUUGGGUGGUGAUGCGUGCACCGAUUGUUUGGCCGACCUCGUUCAGCACAUGGUCGACUUGGCAUACACGCAGCCUUGUAAUGCACUCGGCUAAUAGUAGUUGUAAUUGGGUAAAAGUAUUCAAAUAACUUUUAAGCUCUUAAAAUGUAAAUACGUGUAUUUAAACGCUUUUGAAGAAAGUACCUAUAUAGAAGCAGUAUUUCAAGUAUCACAAGUAUUCACAAUCUCAAAGUAUUAGUAUUAUUUAAUAUAAAACACUCAUUUUCCAACACUUUUUUUUCUUAUUUUGUAGGUAGGUGCCUAUAAUUUACUAUUUGUGACUCGGUGUGGCGUGGCGUUUGCUUUCAUUUACGAAUGUGCUCUGCGUGUACACACCGGCAGGUGACACUAGUUCCCGGAUGGGUGACCACCCGGAAUUUUUAGUGAUAAAUCCUUGCCACACAUGCACACACUUGUUUCAAGUAGUAAAUGCUUUAAUACAAGGCUGGGCUAGUUAAAGAUUUUUUUAAACUCAGUUAAGUCAAGUUAAUAUGCACCAAUAAAAAAAAGUUAAAAGUUAAUACACACUUUUUGUUAAAUUUUUAUUUAGUUAAAUUUUAUUAUAAUAUUAUUUUGUUUAUACAACGCUAGCGCACUUAAUUUUUUCACAACCCAAAACUAAAUUAUAGGAUAUGGUGUUUAUACUUCAUACAGUAUUUCCAUAUAAGUUAGAUUCGAAUGAUAUACAUUUUUAACUUCAAACAAUUUACGAUACAUAUUUUUUGACAUGAAAACGAAAUAGACUGAAAUAGUGAAAUAUUAUAAAAUUAAAACAAAAUAAAUUAACUUAACUCACUUCUUAAAAUGGAAAAUUAACUUGUUAAUUUCACGUUAAUUGAGAAAUAAAUUUAGUAAGUUAACAGUUAAGUUAAUAAAAAGCCAAAAGUAACUAGUUAAGUUAAAAAGUUAAAAUAAAAUUAACUUUUUAACUUAACUUUAACUUUUUAACUCGUUAAUGCCCAGCCUUGCUUUAAUAUGUAUCAAAACAUACUGUAUCAACGUAUAGCGAGAUAUAUUAUUUUUUUAAAUAACACCUAAAAAGUACAUGAAUCACGCAGUUAAUAUACUCUGAGUAGAACCAUGAAUAUUAUCGUUUUGCAAUUUAGUGUAUGUUUUUGAGCUGGAUACAAAAAUAAUUUGUGAGCUUUACAAUUGCAGCUACGGCAAACAGUAAAAAAGUUGAAAUCAUUCAUAUUGAUUAGUUAUCAUUAGUUUUUAUCGAUUAUAUUGAUUAUUUUCUUAACAAUUUCGCGUAGCAUAUUUCGUGUUACAGUUGCAAUAGCAACCAAACAUUAACAAAUAAUUUGUGUUAUGCGAUAAACCAUAAAUAACAACGACCACAAAAAACAUGUAUAAUAUGAUUCGUUGUUUUUCCUUGCAGUGGAGAAAAUAUCAAGUUAUUUAAUUAUUUAUGGGCCAACAGGAGCCCAAUAUAGUUUACAAACAUUUCAAAAUCUAGUGGUUGUUACACAUGCCCAACUUUUACAAUUUGUUGUUAAAUUUUAAUAUGAUUCAUCUGUAUAAUAGCAAUAAAAUUACAGUAGGUAUACAGGAACUGAAUAAAUGUAAUAAUAAUAAUAUUAAUAAUUAAAAUAACAUUAUAAAUUGCUAGAGUAUAAGUGUGACUCGAGUGCGGAUGUUUAGUUAUAUUUGUUUGUGGGUGAAAAAGUUUGAAAAGGAUUCUUCGUAAGCUGUUCUUUUAGGUCCUACAUUUUUAUAGACAUUUAAAGUUUAAAUGUUGAAGAAAUUAGAUAUUUAAAUAAAAACAAAGAAACAACAUUAGUUGUUUUUGCUGUAGGUAAUUCAAAAAAUAUUAUUCAUAGGGACUGGAAAAUUGUUACCACAACCGCAUGGUGCUGAUAGAAAAAUAAAUUAUUAGUAGCUUAUAUAGAUAAUACAAUUUAUAUAUAUUAUAAAAUAUCCUUACAAAUAUAAGCUAAUAGGCCGUCAUUACUCAGAAUCUUUAUUCGUAUAUACCACUUUCCGGAUUUUGUAGAUAUUAUGGUACAAAAUAUUGACAUUCCAGAAUCUUACCUUCCGUUUACAAAUCACUUGGAUAAUUUUGAAAGUUAUUUUAUAUUUUAAUUUUUUAAUACGAUGGCAUCAUUACUGUAUGAGCGCCACUCCGGUGAUCGUAUUAGAUACUUUUUAACCAAAGCUAUUUAUACAGUAAUACAUAAGAUAAAUAAGAUACCUAGUGUAAGUUAAUGUUAAUCUUUGUUUUAUUUUUAAUUACAAAAUAUGUUUUAUAUUUAGUUCUUAAGAUGCUUAAAAUAUGUACACUGAAACAAUUAAUAAUUAUUACAUUACAUUUGUAUACAACAUAAUAUUAUAUCUGGUUACUUAGUUAAUAUUUUAUAAUUGUUACUACUUUGAUAUACUAUAGUGUCAUGUAAUAGUCAAAUACCUUCUAAUGAUAGUAUAUUUAUGUAUUUAUUAUUUUUUUUUUUUAUUGAGCUUAAGCAUGGCAACUAUGGCCAUAAGCUGUUUUUUUUGUUUGCAGUGGAAGGGAAGGAACGGUUGAAACACGUGUAUGUAUGUGUGGCAACGAUUUAUAGCUAAAAAUCCCGGAUGGUCACCCAUCCGGGAGCUAGCAAAUGUAAUUAUUAUUUGUGUAUUUUUUUAAAAUGUAUAAUUCUGUAUACUUCUAUAAUAUGUAUAAUACAUAUAUUUAUUAAGUUUUUUUAAUACAUCUUAUGAAUUUAUUAAAAAUUUAAUUUAUAAUUGCAAAUUAGAAAUGAUUUUAUAAUUAUCGUUUGUUGAUAAAUUAUAAAUAUACUUAUUUCUUAUUAUAUUAUUGUAUUUGCGUUUAAUUAAUAACAAUAAGUUAUAACUUAUGACCAUUAAAUAUUUUUUUGACUACUAAUUAUUUAAUAUAUUUAUAAAAACCAAUGCCAUCAGAAAAUUUGAAUUUGAAUUCUUUUCAAAUAUAUUUUUAUUUAAUGCAUUAUAUUUGGUUGUGAAAUAUUUAUACCGUUUUUUAAUUUUUUUCAUAUUUUUUUUUAAUGUUUACUAAUUUUAAUAAAAUAUUAAAUUAUACUAUAUAUAAUUAUGUAGGUAUAAUGGAUUCAAUACAUUGGACUAAAAAGCUUCCUAUAUAAUUUGCUCAUAAAGAAUUAGAAUAUACUUUACUUGGGUUGUUCAUCAAUACAAAAAGUGUAAAUACAUAAAAAAAAGACACAAUAAAGGAUAAACCAAAAUAUUAUUGAUAAUAAUAUUGUUUCUUUUGUAUUUAAACCUAACCUAACCUUUGAAUUAAUUCUCCUGAGUACUUAAAUUCUAUCUCUACUUCCCAUCGCUGUUUCAUAUUUUAACUCAAGACAUCGCUUAACAUUUAAAAGUAAUUUCCAUAGUACUGAUUAUGGAUGCGCUUCCUCCUAGAUCCACUUUUUCAAAUCAUGAAAACAAGGCAGAAUACUGAUAUAUUUUUUAAUAUAAUGUAUUUAAUUAAUUUUGACGUUAUAAUUUUAUUCUUAAGUCGCAAAUGCACUAUUGUACAUGUUUUUAUAGAAUACUGUACUCUGCACCAUUGUAAUGUUGAAAU